CAUUGCCCUCUCCUGUUCUCCCUCUUACGCGCCUCUGUUCUCAUCUGCUUUGCGCAAGCCAAGGUCUGUUCGCGCCGCGCACCCUUCCCUCGUAUAACAGUGUUUUUCAGGCAUGCAGGGCUCCGAAGCUCCAGAUUCCAUGGCCGUAGACCAGGCUCAAGCUCAAACCAGGCUGAGGUUCGAGCCCCUAAAGGCCCAUGAGAUGAACGAUGGGAGGGUCCAGUUUCGGAAGGUCUCGGUGCCUGCGCAUAGGUUCAGUCCUUUGAAGAAGGCAUGGAUGGAAAUUUACACUCCUGUGUACGAGCAAAUGAAGAUUGACAUCCGGAUGAACCUCAAGGCUAGAAAGGUGGAAUUGAAGACACGAACGGACACUCCCGAUAUCAGCAACCUUCAGAAAUGUGUGGAUUUUGUGCAUGCAUUUAUGCUCGGGUUUGAUUUACCUGAUGCCAUUGCCCUUUUGCGCCUUGAUGACCUCUAUGUCGAUUCGUUUGAGAUUAAAGAUGUCAAGACUUUGCGAGGCGAGCACCUCUCUAGGGCAAUUGGAAGGCUCUCUGGUAAAGGUGGCAAGACCAAGUUUGCAAUUGAGAAUUCUACUCGAACAAGGAUUGUUAUAGCCGACUCAAAGAUUCACAUAUUGGGUUCAUUCUUGAACAUUAAAGUAGCUAGGGAUUCUCUUUGCAGUCUCAUCUUAGGAUCACCUGCAGGUAAGGUUUAUUCUAAGCUCAGAGCUAUCAGUGCCAGAAUGGCCGAGAAGUUUUGACAUUCAUAUACCUAUUGCUUGAGUUAUUCUUGUUUGGUGCCGAACCUCUUAAAAGAAAAAGAAAAAGAUUGCUAGUUUCUUCUUGUGAUUCAGGUGGCGCGUCGAUUUUGUUCAUUGAACUUGAGUUUUGCUAGUUAAUGAGAAAGAGGAAGGGGAAGGGGAAAAAAAACAGAAAAAGUGGCUGUAGCAUUCUUAU